AUGAAGCCCUCCGUCGUCAUCGCUGCCCUCACGACCGUCGUCAGUGCUGAGUUCUCCACCACUUACAGAUGCUCCUCGUCCUACACCGCUGGCACCAGUCCUCUUUCCGAACUCAGCAUCGCCAAUCCCAAUAGUGACUUCCCUACCACAUUUGCUACCCUGCCUCGCCGAAAGGAGUUGGAGUUCACUACCACACACUUGACUGCGGAUCCAUGGCCGACCACCUUCCAGCAGUUCGAGCCCACUACCAGACGUCCGAAAACCCGCAGGCUAAAGAAGACUCGCUGCACAGAGCCUCCGGCCCAAUUCCCGACCACCUUCCAGCAAUUCCCUUCCGUAUACCGCGCCAAGCAGUGCCAGCCUACCAAGGGUCACCACAUUCCAGAUGCUAGUUCCGCGCACCCGGCUCAUAUCACCAAGCCUGUACCUUCUAUUCUAGAUCCUUGGGAGGCACACCAGCCGCACAUUGUGAUCACACCGACUACCACGCUUGAGGUUUCCAAGACUACUACCACUGUCGCAUACGUGAUUCUCGCCGCUCAUGUUUCUAAAGCUGCCAUCGCCGAUGCCUCCGGGGAAGUCCAAAAUAAUGUCACUCCAUGUUGCUUCUUCGCUUGA